AUGGAAGUGGCUAACACGAAAAUGAAGCAUAAUUCAUUCGCAUACGAAUUCUGGACGGAUCAAAUAGAUUGUAAAUUGAAUAUAACAGACGAUUUGCAAGAAUAUAUUGUGCAAUUCCACAAUGAUAUUAGAUCAGAUGUUGCACGCGGGGAUUUUGUUGGAUAUAAAAGUGGGACGAACAUAUAUUCAAUGAGAUGGGACUGUGACUUAGCGAGAUUGGCGCAGGAAAGGGCGAACAGCUGUAAAAGAAAUAGGGAAUCAGAUCAUUUUGCUAAUAAACUUGCUGAAAUCACCUACCAGCAGCCUGUCGAUGAGUCAAAAAUUAAUGGUUCGCUUAGUUUAUCAAUUUUGGAAAAAAUUUGAGCAAAAAAAUUAUACAAAACAGGGCCACCAUGCCAAUCGUGGAAGGACUGUACUGCUUAUAAGAAAUCAUUUUGCUAUCACGACACGAAUCUAUGCGAUUACGAUGGUACUGAAGAAGUGCACGAUUCAUUUCACGUUUUCCUUGCAUCAAAUGGCACUAUAAGCAUUUCAAAUUUAGAACAGCAUUCAACGACGUCAACACUUCUCAGAAACAGCUCGCAUAAAAAUACCGAUGAUAACAAUAACGUUACCGCUCAAUUAUGCAAUAAACAAAUUAUGAACGAUGAUAUUCGUAGUGAUAUACUUCUUAAACAUAAUUUAAUUCGAUCUCAGUUAGCACAUGGCUACUUCAAAUCUCUUCCAUCUGGAUCGAAUAUUUAUUCAUUGCAAUGGAGUUGCGAACUGGAAGGAUUCGCUCAACGAUAUGCGGAAUUUCUUUCAGAUAUUUGUAAAUUAUCGCGAAAACAAGAAAUUCAUUUGCCAUUUGAAAUAGGUCAAAAUAUAUUUAAGACUAGAACCAAAGGCAAUCACACUACGGAACAAUGGUUUGAUGAAGCAUUGCAUUUCUGGACAAAUGGUGCCAGGGAAAGCGGUAGUGUUGCACAGAUUUUAUAUGGGAAAACCUUGUUAAUGGGCUGUGGUAUCCAUAAAUGUCCUGGAACGGAAGUUGUCAUCGUUUGUCAAUACUGGCCCAAAGCAAUACCAGGUCUUUUAUACGAACCAAGCUCAUCUUGCGAGACAAAUGAUUAUUGCGAUGCUUAUAACCGGUCAUCGUGCCAAUCUAAGAUGAGUUUAUGCAAGAUUCCGGACAGUUUUGCGUUUCCAUAUCCACUUCGUGCAAUACAAUUCCAGACAACGAAAACAGAUGCGCGUAUUACAGAUGCUAUUUAUAGUAAAGAUGGAGCAAACUCGUCGAAAGCUAGCGAAAAAAUUAUUGAAAAAUUUGAAAAGCAAAGCAAGAAUCCGAAUAGUAUCGGUGCCCAUCUAACCUACAUUUUUACCGUGUACUGGAAUUGCGAAUUGGAAAGAGAAGCUCAAAUGGAAGUUGAAAAUUGUGUUAUGCCUUCUUCCGGUGCUCAACACAAAUAUUACAGGACGACCAUCUUCAAUUUUGAAUUUGACAAUUUGACCACUUUUCUUGAACAAAAAACUGAUCGUGCAAUCAGGAAUUGGUGGGGAAAUCCAAUGGAUAAUGAUAAUAUUAAUAUUGCACAGUAUGAAGCCACAGACAUAGGUUGCGGCAUCGCAAUAUGUGUUGAUGAGAAUCUUCAAAUGGUACUUGAUAUAGUCUGUCGCUAUUGGCCGACGAGCGAUCCCAACCAACUUUACAGUUAUGCAAUUAGUUGUGCACAAGACGAAGAUUGUAGCUCGCUGCCUAAUUCCUACUGUGAUACUGAUUUAGAAAUUUGCGUAGAAGAUAAAUAA